UCUCACACACUGUCUAUGUUCCGACCUCCAUCUCUUGACACUAAAACAGUCAGCUACCUGAGGGUGAAGGCGAACGAUAAAACACUUGCCUGUGAUGCAGAGGCGGACAUCACCAUCCAGUACGUUGUAGUGGGAGAACGCCAGGACACUGUGGAUGUCAUGUAUCUGGUCUUGUCCAGAGGAGCCAUCGUCAGUCAAGGACACAAACAGGUUCAAUUGAAAAAUAAACAAGUGAAUGAGGGUGAGGUGUCCUUUAAGUUGCUGGUGUCUCCAGAGAUGGCUCCAGAGGUCUGGAUUGUGGCUUUUGUUGUCCUCCCCAGUGAGAAUGUGAUCGCCAACAGUGCAGUCUUCUCCACUGAGAAAUGCUUCAGUCACAAGGUGUCGCUGGAGUUUUCACCGUCCUCAGGUCCAGGAGAGGACACCAACAUGCAGUUGACGGCAAACCCAAACUCUCUGUGUGGUGUGAGCGCCAUCGACCAGAGUGUCCUCAUCAAAGAGCCAGGGGAGACUCUGAAUGCAGAAAAGAUAUUUCGCUUGUUGUCUGUCAGGAGCACCUUUAUCCCAUAUCAGGUUCAAGACCACAGAUGCCUGCAUGUGAGACCAAAAAGAUACAUUUUGCCUUAUCCUGGUCAGGACAUAAACGAUGCUUCCAGCAGUUUCAAGAAUGUAGGACUGAAGGUGGCAACAAACUUGGUAAUUCAAAUACCUUCAUGCCUCCAGUACAGAGGAAGACAGUACUAUCCUACCUAUGGUGGUGGUAUUGCCUACAAUUAUCCAGUGGCCAGAAUGAAGACAGUGCAUGAAGCAGGGUCUCCUGGUCUCCUAAAUCCUGGCUUAAGGGGAGCAGGUCCUUAUUCUCCUGAUCCUCCACCAAUAGAAACAGUUCGCACCUUCUUUCCUGAGACUUGGAUUUGGGACCUAGUGGAAGUUGGAUCAUCUGGAAAGAAGGACGUGUCCCUCACUGUCCCAGACACCAUCACCACCUGGGAGACAGAGACUUUCUGUUUGUCUCCUCAUGGUUUUGGUUUGGCUCCUCGUAAACAAAUCACCGUCUUCCAGCCCUUCUUCCUGGAGCUCACGCUGCCCUACUCCAUCAUCCGGGGGAACUUUGAACUGAAGGCAACUGUUUUCAACUACCUGUCAAGCUGCAUCAUGGUCAAAGUCACUCCAGCACUUUCCACAGAGUACACCCUCACCCUCACCGAUGGCUAUGAGUACACCUCCUGUCUGUGUGGCAAUGAGCGCAAGACCUUCAAGUGGACCAUAAACCCCACAGCCUUAGGGGCUGUGAAUGUGACUGUGAAAGCUGAGGCCGUGACAUCUGACAUUUCUUGCAACAAUGAGAUUGUGAGCGUCCCAGACAGAGGUCGCAUCGACACGGUCACUAAAUCUCUCAUAGUAAAGGCUGAGGGAGUUGAGAUGACCGAGACGCAUAGCUGGCUGCUCUGCCCCAAAGGAAACACUUUGAAAGAGGAAACAGAGCUACAACUCCCUGGAAAUGUAAUUGAAGGAUCUGCCCGCGCUUUAGUAUCAGUCCUGGGUGACAUCCUCGGCCGGGCCCUGCAGAACAUAGAUGGUCUUCUGAGAAUGCCUUAUGGAUGUGGAGAACAGAACAUGGCGCUCCUGGCCCCUAACAUCUACAUCCUUCAGUACCUAGAAAACACAAAGCAGCUGACUCCAGCCAUCAGAGAGAAGGCUUCCAACUUCCUGACCAGUGGCUACCAGAGACAGCUAAACUACAAACAUCAGGAUGGUGCAUACAGUACAUUUGGUGCAGGAACAGGAAACACUUGGUUGACUGCUUUUGUGUUGAGAUCUUUUUCCAAAGCUAAAUCAUUCAUCUACAUCGAUGACACAAAGAUUGAACAGUCCAGGAAGUGGCUGGAAUUGAAGCAACGAGAAAAUGGUUGUGUUGAACAGUCGGGAAAACUCUUCCACAACAGAAUGAAGGGCGGUGUGUCUGAUGAGGUGACUCUCAGUGCAUAUGUCACUGCUGCCUUCUUGGAAAUGAAUGUGUCUGCAAAGAAUCCUGUGGUGAAGAAGAGCCUGUCAUGUCUCAAGGAGUCCAUCGGUAAUUUGAGCAACACCUACACCACAGCUCUGAUGGCGUACGUCUUCACCCUGGCAGGAGACAUGGAGACCCGUGGUCUCCUUCUGGAUCACCUUGACAAGGUGUCAAUCAAAGAAGGGGGUUUCCUGCACUGGUCUCAGAGAUCAGCAGAAACAUCAGCCUCUCUGUCUGUGGAGAUCAGCUCCUAUGUGCUGAUGGCCAAACUCAGCGCCUCCCCGACUAAUGAAGAUCUGGGCUACGCCUCGGGCAUCGUGAGGUGGUUGACGAGGCAGCAGAACUAUUACGGAGGCUUCUCCUCCACACAGGACACAGUGGUGGCUCUUCAGGCUCUGGCUCUCUACGCCACUCUGGUGUUCAGUCCUCAGGGUUCAAGCACAGUGAAAGUCCAGUCUCCCAGUGAACAGCUGACGUUUAACGUGAAUCAGGACAACAGACUGCUCUACCAGGAGAGAAUCCUGCAGGACGUGACUGGAAAGUUCAGCCUGGAGGUGGAGGGCACCGCAUGUGUUUCAGUGCAGAUUUCUCAUCUCUACAACAUCCCACCUCCUGCUCAGUCCAGUGAUUUCAGUGUGGAGACUACAACAGAGGUCAACUCCACUGGGGUCAGACCCAAGUUCAUUCUGAAGCUCAAGGUCCAAUACAACGGAAAGGAGAACAGUACAAACAUGGUGAUCCUGGAAAUCCAAGUACUCUCUGGAUUUGUCCCAGACUCAGAGUCUUUGAAAAAGCUCAAAGAUGCCGUGCUGGUGGACCGUGUUGAACAAAAGAAUGGUGGCGUUCAGGUGUACAUUAGAGAGUUAGCACAGAGCAUACCCGUCUCCUACACCUUGGAGCUCAGAGAGGACAUCCCAGUGCAGAACCUGAAGCCUGCUGUGGUCAAGAUCUAUGACUACUACGAGCCAAGUGACCAUGCUGAGACAGAAUAUGCCUAUCAUCAGAAAGCCAUCCCAGACGAAAGAUAACAAUCAUGAGAGAACUGUGACACUAAACCCAAAUAGGUGAUUUGCAGCGACAGUGGCUAGACACAUCAAAACAAAUAUUUGGGAUUUAAACAAACAAGACAGCUUAGCAGAGUUGUGGCAGCAGAAGCCUUUUUGACGUGUCCUCCAGCUCGUACUACAGCCGGACAAAAAAAGACGAAGCAUAGAAGAAUGUAGCAGCGGAAUUGCAGCUCCCAGGUUAAUAACCUAACACUAGCUGCUAGCAAACACACACAAACACAUAAGUGUCACGAGCUUGAGGGCUCCGUUGAUGAUUUCCAUGUGAUUGUAGGAGCUCCGUUUAUGCUUCAGUUGUUUAUUUUUCAUGGAUGGACGGUGCAUGCUUGUGACGUUUUAUUCUUGCGCAUUCAUGUCGACUCACAUACAUGGUAGGCUGUGAUUCAGCUGCAUUUUCAUCAUGCAAUCUGCACAGAGCAAACUUCACGUCAUACCCAAAGAUUGUUAGAUUCAUGUCGUACAGUGUAGCAAGCUGUGAACUUAUAACAUUGAUAAAAUUGCACGGUGUGUAGAGGUCUUUAUAUGCAUGCACUGCAUUUUAAAAAUCUAUUUUAAUUUUUAAAAUUGAGUUCAAGCCAAGGACUAAGGUCAUUCUUGAGUGAGUUAUUUAUUGUUACUUUCUAUUCUUUUCUCUGCAGCUUGAGGAGAGACGUGGGAUCAGUCCUGAAGUCAUCACUGUAUCCAGUACGAUGUUAAAACCAGCAUUUCAUUAAAGAUUCAAUUUCA